AUGAUAAUUACUUGCGCAAUUAUUUUGUUUCAUUUUCAGAACUCAAAACUCUCAGAUAGUGUUUUGCAGAAUGAAACUACUCCACAUUUAAAAGGUGGAUUGUUGAAGAAAAGGAAUGCUUUCGUGAACUUCUUCAGUCGUGGCAAACCUAAACAUGGUGGUAAGCACCAUCAAAGUCAGCAUCAGUUAGCUGUGCCAUCAGGAUUACAAUCUAGAUCAGGAGAACAUGAAGCUGUUGCUGACUGUUCGUGUCCUAAUUCUAAUGAUAACGUUUGUGAUUCUGAAGUAAAUUUAGGAGACAAUCCAAUCAUAUCAACUGAUAAUAUACCAAAUGUAAAAUCUCAUGCUUUGGAAUAUACAACAGAAUAA